AUGGCCAUCCAAAAACUAGCAAUACCAGCCAAAAACCAAAUCAAUCACCCACAAGCCCAAUCUCCACCAUGGGUGAUUUGCACAUGCAGAUACCAGGCCCUGGUAGCUCGAAGCAUGACGAGAGACCAGAUCUUGUCCACCCCCAGCGCAGCUACACUGCUCCCGGGUCUUUUGGAUUUUUCUGGAAACUUACCCCCUCCAUACAGUCCAUGUCAACCUGCUCUGGCCUAUUUGUCUGCCAUGUCACCUUCACAUCUGCCUGGGAGACAUCCCCAAGUGGCAUUGCCCCAUCCAAUUCCUCCCACCUUGGCAAGUACUUUGAUCUUGUACACAACAUCCUUGGGUAAUGCUCACUUACCCAGGGCUGAAACUUCACCAUUGAAGAGGCCUGUAAGAGUCACCCCAGCCCCAACUACCACCUUGUUAUAUGGAACCUCAGUGGCUUAUUAUUAUGAUGUUUUUUUGUAUCUUUGGUCAGAAUCCCCAGUCAAAUUUGAGGAUGAAGUGGCCCCGGCCCCUGAGUCUGCGGCAUCUGCUUCAAACCUGUGUGGUCCGGACAUCAGCAACAAACAGACAUUCCAGGUUUCAAACCUUUGGCAACUUCAGGUCCCAGACUUGCCUGAUCCAAAGAAGCAAGGACCCGGAGGACACAGACUCAGCAAGUAA